AUGGAAUAUUCAGUGCCAUUGCCAGAAAGAGUGAUUCGGGGCUUUGUUAUUUUCUUAAACUCCUAUUUUGGCUCCAUACUAUAUGUUUUAUGGGCUUUUAUUCUUGAGCCUUGGCUAAACACUCCUUAGGCUUAGCUUCAAAAAUAUUGAGCAGUCCCUUUACCUCGCUCCUUCUUACUGUACUACCUGCUGGGUUAUUUAUUCUUAUUUUGCGUUAACGUGAUAAGCACCUCUCAAUUCUGUUCCAUUCACACAAUCACAGUUAACUAUGCUAAAAAACAACAAGCCAAUGAAAUAUCAAGAAUAAGUUAUCUCAGCAUUAGAGAUACUUGUAUUAGCAAAGUAAACCAUAUGUUCUUUCUGGUAGCCAAAGAACUUUAUAACAAAAAUUGGAAUGUACAUCACUUUAUUGCACAUGCUAGAUGA